UUAAUUUUUUAAUAUUUUUCUGUAAUAAACGUUACUUAUUAAAUCGUGGGUUCGUGGUGAUAUUUUUAUAAUAUUUUUGCAACUUUUCGUUUUCCGCCUCUUAUAUCUUUUAAAUUUAUUCCUACAAAAUGUCUGAAAAUGGUGGAGGCUCUCAUAAGAAAGGAAUCAAGCUAAAUUUUGCAGAAAGCUUUAUUCUUAGUGGUGCUGCAGCUAUAAUAUCAAAAACUGCUGCUGCCCCAAUUGAAAGAGUAAAAUUGUUGAUUCAAAAUCAAGAUGAGAUGAUUAAAGCUGGUAGAUUAUCAGAGCCAUACAAGGGUGUUAUUGAUUGUAGUUUGAAAACUUUCAGAAAUGAAGGAAUUUUACCAUUCUGGAGAGGAAAUUUAGCAAAUGUCAUCAGAUAUUUUCCCACUCAAGCACUUAAUUUUGCUUUUAAGGAUCAAGUUAAAAAUAUGUUCAAGAGCAGUCCUAAUGAAGGUUAUCCCAUCAAAUUUUCCAAGAACAUCAUGUCUGGAGGCGUUGCUGGCUCACUUUCUUUAUUAUUUGUCUACUCUUUGGAUUAUUGCAGAACAAGGUUGGCAAAUGACGCCAAAGUUGCCGGCAAAGGUGGUGGUGACCGUCAAUUCAACGGGAUAAUAGACGUGUACCGCAAAACAAUAAUGACAGAUGGGGUGGCUGGUUUAUACCGCGGUUUCGUGAUAUCUUGUGCAGGUAUUUUUGUCUACCGGGGCCUCUAUUUUGGUCUCUAUGACUCACUCAAGCCCAUCCUGCUAGGCCCUAACGCCAAUCUGGCUUCCUCCUUCCUUUUGGGAUAUGGAGUAACUGUUGCCUCGGGUCUAGUUUCCUAUCCUAUUGAUACCAUCCGCCGACGCAUGAUGAUGACCAGUGGGCAGGCUGUCAAAUACCGUGGAAGCGUAGAUGCGGCUUCCCAGAUUAUCAAGAAGGAAGGGGCCAUGUCCCUCAUGAAAGGUGCUGGAGCUAACAUAUUGAGAGGUAUUGCUGGGGCAGGGGUGCUCUCUGGGUUCGAUAGUAUCAAAGAAUACUACAUAGACAUUAGGUACCCAAGUCCAGAAGGGUCGAAAGUUAUCAAAGCUGUCGAAAAGGCCGCUGAGAAGGUUGAAAAAGCUGCCGGGAAAUUUGAAAAGGAAGUUGAAAAAAUUGCCGUGAAGGUGGAAAAGAAAUCGAAGUAAAAUGCUAGCUUUAGCUAUUUAGUCUUCAUAUUUUUGAAUGUUUUUUCUUAAUCAUAAUAUAAUUUAUUAUAACAGUUAUCGCGUUUUCAUAUACUAUAUUUGUGACAUUAUAUUUAAUUUCUAUGAAAAAUAAUUUAAAAAACCAACUUUUUUUAAUCAUAAUAUUAUUUUACAAUACAAUAACUUUAACGGGUUGUUACGUUAUAUAUAGUUAAUUGUUAAAGAGCUUUUAAAUUAAUGUCUUAUCUUUAAAAACUAACUCUAAAUAUUAUAUUAAUUAUUGUUUAAUCUACAAUUUUUU